UUGGGGAAACAAUCUGAUAUAUGUCUGAAAUAUUUUUCGAUUUACAUAAUUUUUUCACUCCAUAUAUAUUUUUUUUAUUUCGCCAUGUCAAAGGAAUACGUUCCAAUAGCUCCAAGUGAAGUACCUGAAAAAGAACUAAAACUUGAAUUCGACGAUCCGCGAUCUUAUUGUUACAACGUUGUCUCCAAAACUGGAAACGUAUGUAUUCCGAAAAGUUGCGGAGUAGUCAAGGUAGGACAGCAGAAGCUAAAAGACGAGAAUGAAGAAACCGUGAUUGACAAAGAACCUACCAAACUGAUUCCAUUUAAACAAGAAGUCAAAAGUUGCAUACCUGCGUCUGGAAAAGACGAGCCCAGAUCUGGAGUUCAGGGGGAAACAGUCCGAGACGAAUUAGGAGGAAUCGCCCAAGGAAAUGUAAACCUGGGAAUUACCGGUUUUGGGUCAACAAGUUCAACUAACAGGACACCAGGAAUGGGACCACCAGGAAUGGGAGCACCAGGAGUGGCUGAUUCAUUGGGCAUCAUGGGAAUUGGAGGACAACCUGGAGCGGUAAUGGGUGCAGUGCCUUCAUCUGAGAAGGAUCGAGAAACAGUUAGCCUGGCUAGACUAGUAGGAAUCGCUCAGGGUCCUGCUGCCAUUAUGGCCUCAUUUGGAGAUACGGAAACAGCAAAGGAAAGUUUGGCCUCCCUAGGAGCUUUGAGCAUGGGUGGUGCAAUUGUGUGCGAGUGCUGCGAGUGCGAUCCAUGCGUUUGCGGUCCAAGAGGAUUGAAUAUCGAAAAUAUCGUAGCUGCCCUGAAAGCGAUGAUGAGUAGUGGAGAAGAUCUGAACAAACUUAUUGCAGCUCUAGGACCAGGAGCUAUGGCUGCCCUAGAAACCAUUAUGGGGAAAGAAAGUGAAGCUGCUGCAGAAUGGGCAGCUGGAACAGCUGGUACGAAGCCGGAACCGGAAGCUCCAAGACGUCCUGCAGAAAGCCCGUCACAAAUAGCCCUAAGGGAAGCUUGGAUGCGGGGAGAUUUCGAUGAAAUGACUUCCUGUCAUUGCUUACCAGGAAUGUGUCCAUGUCCUGGGGGUCAUUAUGUCCUUAAAGCGAAAAAAACUGCAGAUAAGAAGGAUAAAGGCAAGAAAAAGAAGAAAAUCCGUAAGAAAGUUAAAAAAAUUGGAAAAGAUGGAAAGGAAUACGAAGAAUGGGACUGGGCAACGCCAAGUGAUUCGGAUCUUGUAAGCAGACUCUCGGAAACUUGUGUUUGCCCACCAACAAAACAUUUUCUGACUCCCGCAACCUCUGAUGCCGAGGUGAGUGAUCGAUUGGCGGUUCCUAGUAAGAGGAUUUAUUGGGGCGAUUUGAUGGUUUGCACAUGCCCAAGAUUACAGCGAACACUUGCCAUUAUAAAACCAGAAACUACUAAAUUCAAAGACGUGGUCCUGAGAGCGAUCAAGAAUUACGGAUUGGAUUUAUUGUCGGAACGAUAUGUACAGCUUUCUCCUGAAGAAGCUUCUGAGAUAUACGCCAAAUACUACGGCACUUCGAAAUUUCCAAAUAUGGUUGUAUCAAUAAGUCAAGCUCCAAUAAUCGUAUUGUCUUUGGGAGGAAUUGAUGUAGUUAAGAUAUGGAAUCAUAUGAUAGGUCCAGACGGCACUCUUCCCGGAGAAUGGUUCUUACCAGACUGGAUAAGUAGAAAGUUCGGACAUACUGGAGAUAUUGUAGACGCCCUGCAUGGUUCGAAAAAUCUUUUUAGUGCAGAAAAUGAAAACCGCUAUUUUUUCACGGAGAAUUACAUCGAUCCAAUAAUGAAGAACGAAACCGAUGUGAAAGGGUAUAUCAAACAAAAUGUGAAUCCAACUCUUUUGAAAGGAUUAACCCUUCUGGCAAAGAAAAGACCUGUAGAUCCUGUUAUUUUCCUCGCAGAGUGGCUCUUAACGCAUAAUCCCUUUCAGCCUCAUUUCCCCGCUAAUAUUUCUUUAUCUCCAAUCUGACGGAAUAUAUUUAGAGGAAAAAUAAAUUGCGCCUGAAAGCGUAUAAGUAAUACAAUACAUUCAAGAAAUAAAAUACUAGAACAAGAA